AUGGGUAAAGAUGCAGGGCGAGGCCCGGCGGGAGGGGGCAUCGUGGCGGCCCAGGCGCUGUCGCUUCUGAGGGAGGUGUCUCGGCUGGAAGCGCCGCUGGAGGAGCUGCGCGCUCUGCAGUCGGUGCUGCGGUCGGUGCCUCUCAGCGAGCUCCGCGAGCAAGCGGCGGAACUGCACCUUGGCCCGCUUCUCUCCCUGCUCAGCGAGAACCAUCGGCAACUGACUACUUUGUGUGUAUCCAUCCUGGAGAGAUUGCUGCAAGCUUUGGAGCCAGUUCACGUGGGCCGGAACCUCAGGGUUGACCUGCAGGGACUGACUCACCCCAAUGAUUGUGUAAAAAUCCUCACGUCCCAGGUUGGAAGAAUUGUUGAAAAUUCUGAUGCUGUUACUGAGAUUCUAAAUAAUGCUGAAUUAUUAAAACAAAUCGUUUAUUGUAUUGGUGGAGAGAAUCUAUCUGUAGCUAAAGCGGCCAUUAAAUCCCUGUCAAGAAUAUCACUGACCCAGGCUGGACUGGAGGCUUUAUUUGAAAGUAAUCUGCUGGAUGAUUUGAAAAGUGUAAUGGAGACAAAUGACAUUGUUCGAUACAGGGUGUAUGAGCUAAUUGUGGAGAUAUCUUCUGUGUCACCAGAAUCUUUAAACUACCGUACCACCGGUGGAUUGGUAACGCAGCUCCUCUGAGAGCUGACCGGUGAGGAUGUGCUAGUCAGAGCCACCUGUACAGAAAUGGUGACAUCACUGGCAGAUACUCAUCAUGGACGACAGUACCUCGCUCAAGAAGGAGUAAUUGACCAGAUUUCUAAUAUAAUUGUUGGGGCAGAUUCAGACCCUUUCUCUAGCUUCUAUUUGCCAGGAUUUGUGAAGUUUUUUGGAAACCUGGCUAUCAUGGAUAGUCCUCAGCAGAUCUGUGAGCGUUAUCCUGUCUUUGUGGAAGAAGUCCUUGAAAUGACAGAAAGUCAAGACCCCACCAUGAUUGGUGUAGCCGUGGACACAAUUGGAAUUCUAGGAUCCAAUGUUGAAGGAAAACAAGUUUUACAGAAAACAGGAACUCGCUUUGAUCGCUUGCUGAUGAGAAUAGGAUAUCAAGCAAAGAAUGCCUCAGCAGAGCUCAAAAUUAGGUGUUUGGAUGCAAUUUCAUCUCUUUUUUAUUUACCACCUGAGCCGCAGACGGAUGACGUCCUGAGGAUGACAGAAUCCUGGUUUUCUUCUUUAUCUCGGGACCCGCUGGAGCUCUUCCGUGGCAUCCGUAAUCAACCCUUCCUUGAACUACACUGUGCUGCCUUAAAAGUGUUCACGGCCAUUGCAAACCAACCCUGGGCUCAGAAACUUAUGUUUAACAGUCCAGGUUUUGUAGAAUAUGUAAUGGACCGGUCCGUAGAGCAUGACAGAGCUUCAAAGGAUGCCAGAUAUGAACUGGUGAAAGCACUUGCCAAUUCUAAGGCAAUUGCAGAAAUCUUUGGGAACCCAACUUAUUUGAGGCUCAGAACUUACCUGAGCGAAGGUCCGUACUAUGUGAAACCUAUUUCCACAACAGCAGUGGAAGGAGCAGAGUGAUUUCUUCUAGAGUCCAGACCAUUUAUUGACCAACAUUUCUCCUGAGGCAUUUGACUCCAUCUGUAUUUUACAAAACAGAGACUUCCCUCCCACCAGAAUUAUCAUGGAGUGUCUAAUGUAAUUUUAUCACCAACAUUUGUUGUGUUUCUACAUUGAAAUUCAAUGUAAAGCCAGGAAAGCAGACCAACUUGAUCGUAAUUGAACCAGAUGUUUCUCAGAUUCCUUUGACUGCCUUAAUCUUUGCAAGAAGUUGGAAGUUUUGUUCUUCUCCCAGAAAAUUUUCAUGGACUUACUCACCGUCUUAUUUUAAAAUCCACUUUAACUAAAAUGGAACCAAAUUAUUUC